AUGGAGACAAAACUGAAUGAUGUUCGAAUGGAAAGGCUUCGAAAACGAUGUGAUUUUCAAAAUGGAAUUGAUAUUUCAGCGAAUAGUUCACGUGGGGGACUAAGUCUUGCUUGGAAUGGAAACGACGUAGUGCAAGUUUAUAGUUAUUCAAGCAACCAUAUUGAUGUGGAGAUCAAUGAGAUAGAAAAUUCGAAGAUAUGGCACUUCACUGAUUUUUAUGGUAACCCAAAUCAGUCUAGUAGGCAGGAGUCAUGGAACUUACUCCGUCAUUUGAACAGCAGCCACUCAAUGCCAUGGUGUGUAUGUGGCGAUUUCAAUGAAAUCAUGUACGCACAUGAAAAAAAUGGAGGAGCAGUACGGAACGAAAGGCAAAUGGAGAAAUUUCGGAAGGUUCUUGAAGAAUGUGAACUGUUAGACAUGGGAUAUCGUGGACAAAAAUUUACUUGGAAAAGAGGAAACUUUGCGGAAACAAACAUAAGGGAACGUUUGGACAGGGGAGUAGCAAAGCGGGAAUGGCUGAAUUUAUUUCCAAAUUUUUUGCUACAAUAUUUACCCCACUCCUUCUCUGAUCACUGCCCAAUUACCAUCCAAACAAUGCCAAAUGUACCAAGGUAUAGGGUCAUUCCCUUUAAAUUCAAAUCAUGGUGGAUAACGGAACCUUCCUGUGAAGAGGUUAUUCAGAAAAUGUGGCAAGAGAAGAUUGGUAAUGCCUUUGAUAAACUUGAGCAUACACGGGAUGGACUACAGAAAUGGAGGAAAAACAUUAAAAGAGAACGUAUCAAGAGGUCAACAUUUCUUAUAGAAAGACUGAGGAAACUUGAAGAAAUGGAUCGGGACGACGAGAUCAUAACAGAGAUGAUUGAUGUGAAACUAUAA